ACCACACAGAUCACAAGUUUCUAUUUGCUAAUUUCCUUCACGCGUCUGUUUGUUUUUUGGAUUCCAUUUCUCUUACAAACACACACACACUUACUCUCCACCGCCUUUCUCUCUCCCCCAAACAUCUCUUUUUUCUUUUCCUUUCCUUUCCUUUCCUUUCUUUUUCCUCCUCAAAUCUCUCUCGCCCGAAAUCUCUCUUCUUUAUUUCUUUUUGUUUGUUGUUGUUAUAUACCCAUUCAAUUGAAAACCAGCAGCCAUACAGAACCGCGCCGUUUCCACUUUGAUCAUUUCUUCAAAUUAAAAUGGAAACAGGCAAGCUUUGCGAGCUUUGCAAAGAAGAAGCCUUUGUUUACUGUUGGGCAGACGCUGCUUUUCUUUGUUGGAACUGCGACUACAAGGUUCACCAUGCCAACUUCCUCGUUGCUCGUCAUCUCCGUCACAUUCUCUGCACAAAAUGUAAAUCUUUUUGCCAAUUACAAUCCCAAUCCCAAUGCAAAGCUAGCUCUUUUGAAGAAAAAAACCACCCAAUGCCUUCUUCCACUCUCUCAUUUUCUUCUUCUGAUUCUCUGUCUACCAAUGAAUCUUCCGCCACAGAUUUCAAACCCAAAAGGGUAUUCGUAAAAUCAGGAUCAAGAUCAACCAAGUCUGUCCAUUCUUCCUCCACCCUUCAUUCCGGGGUUUCGAAGAUCGAUAGGUUCGAGGGUACUUUCGCAAUUUGGUGCAAGAAGCUAGCGCUGAACCGACACUCCGUCGCGUCUACGGCGACGUCCGCUUUGCGGUUUUGUUUAGAGCGGUUGGCGGUGCGGCCGAUUAGGCUGAGCUUGGCGGCAGCGUUUUGGAUCGGGCUAAGGAUGAGCGGGGACAUGUCGGUAGCCACGUGGCAGAAUCUAAGGAGGCUUGAGGAGCUGUCUGGUGUGCCGGCUAAGCUGAUCGUAGCCAUGGAACCGAGGCUCGCACGCGCAAUGAGGUUGAGGAGGAGAAUCAGACAGGACUUGGAAGAAGGAUGGGCUGAGUGUAAUCUUUGAAUAGCACUUGGGGGAAUGAAUAUUAGGCAAUUAGAUGAAUUUCCUUUUUUUUUUU